GUGACCGCGCCCCCGAGGCUCAGCGGCGGUGGAGAAGGAGAGAGUGUGCACCUCAGGAGGAACCAGCGGUCUGUUCUCACAGGAAAAAACGAGAAAAUUUCAGCUCAUACAUGGCGAAAUUUGUUUUAUUCGACGUCCAGACACAUAUGCAUUCAGGACCGCGGCUCUGACAGCGACAGGCGACGCGAAUAUCCGCAGCUUCACAGAGGUUGGAGUUUACCGAGGGUUUUCGUAGCAGUUUCGUGCUUGGAGGCACGCGAGUACCGGUGUCGUCGUCUCCGUGGACGCCGUUUCGUGCUUUCCGGUGACAACUGACACUUGUCCGAAUUCCCAAGACUAGAAGGCCUACUCUGCUCGGUCUCCCACCAGCCCGGUGUCCCUGUCAGCGCGGGGCCGCCUGCACACUCACCCCGGCGCGGCCUCGCUCCUUGACGAACCCCCGGCGACGACACAGCGUAGAGCCCGUUAACGUUACCUACACUCCUCGACAACACCUGCCGUGUUACAACGACCAGCAAAACCGUGAAUCUUUGAAGGAAAACGGACUAGAGAGACGCCGGUGAUAUCGACAGGCGGAGCUGUCAUUCAACAUAUCAACAGCUCCUUGAAUUUAAGCAUAUUUAAUAGUUGAUUCUCACGCGACUGGCUCAUUCUCUCUCUCUCGCAUAUCCUCAAUCAAGCUAUCAAACAGCCAAACGCCUGACACAGAAACUAAACACGCUUGGAGCAAAGGCAAGGCCUCAUCUGCUAACUCAGAUAGCUGCAUCGCUAACACUCAGCCUGGGUUUAAUCAGCUUCUAAUCUUAUUAACUCCACUUUUUGACUCCUAUUCAUCGCUUAUUUUUGUACGAUACUACACAAUAGAGGGGCGAUUUUAAUUUAAAGCCAUUGGAUCAACGCACAGUACAGUACAGACAAGAGAUCUGUUCAGCAGCAGGAGGAAACACAGCUGUCAGCCUUUAUUUUCUACUACUCGGCCUGAUUAAUUCCCACCUUGGGAAAGAAAAACCCGAAGAAUCUUAUGUGUUGGGCUGGUUUCAGCUGACCUUUGCUACGAAAAUUAACUAAGUCCCUCGUGAGCUUCUUGCGCUGUAACCCGCUGCAUGCACUGAUACGGGAAGGACUUGAUUUAUAUUUUUGUACUAUAGUUCAGGAGCCAUUUAGAACAGGGUCAGAUCUCUGCACAAACCCCUACUACUGUUCAAACAUGAGUAUUGAGAUUCCAGUCGGACUGACGGAGCUGCUUCAAGGCUACACCGUGGAGGUGCUGCGCCAGAGGCCGCCGGACCUGGUGGAGUUCGCCGUGCAGUAUUUCACCCGCCUGCGGGACACCAGGAGCCAGGACGGGUCCGGGGCCGCCGCCAAAACCGGGGGGAAGGGAGUGAUGUUUGAUGGCGAGCCGAUGCAGACAGAGUCCAACGGGGACGAAGAUGACGAGGACGAUGACUCAGAUUUUGAGCCUCCUCCCCCCAGCAGAUUUAACCGGAGAGUGUCGGUGUGCGCGGAGGCCUUUAACCCUGAUGAUGAUGAGGAAGAUUCUGAGCCUAGAGUUGUCCAUCCAAAAACAGAUGAGCAGCGUUGUAGAUUACAGGAGGCCUGCAAGGACAUUCUUCUGUUCAAGGCUCUUGAUCAGGAGCAGUUUUCAGAGGUGCUGGACGCCAUGUUUGAGGUUCUUGUGCAGCCACAAGACCACGUCAUUGAUCAGGGAGAUGAUGGGGAUAAUUUUUAUGUAAUCGAGAGGGGUGUUUAUGACAUUGUGGUACAGAAGGAUGGCGUGGGCUGUUGUGUGGGUCAGUAUAAUAACAAGGGCAGUUUUGGAGAGCUGGCCCUCAUGUACAACACUCCACGUGCUGCAACCAUCAUUGCUAAAGACGAGGGAGCCCUCUGGGGACUGGAUCGGGCAACCUUCCGUAGACUCAUAGUGAAGAAUAAUGCGAAAAAAAGAAGGAUGUAUGAAUGCUUUAUCGAGUCUAUCCCACUGCUCAAAUCGCUAGAGCUGUCUGAGAGGAUGAAGAUUGUUGACGUACUGGGAGUAAAAACUUUUCAGGAUGGAGAAAGGAUCAUCAUGCAGGGUGAUAAGGCUGAUUGCUUCUACAUUGUGGAGUCUGGAGAAGUGAAGAUUAUGAUGAAGAGUAAAACGAAAGCAGACCGACAGGAUAAUGCUGAGGUUGAGAUCGCUCGCUGCAGUCGAGGGCAGUAUUUUGGAGAACUUGCUCUCGUCACUAAUAAACCACGUGCUGCCUCAGCCUAUGCUAUAGGAGACAUCAAAUGCUUGGUGAUUGAUAUACAAGCCUUCGAGCGCUUGCUGGGGCCCUGCAAGGAGAUCAUGAAGAGGAACAUCGCCCACUACGAGGAGCAACUGGUGGCUCUGUUUGGAUCCAGCGUGGACCUGAGGGACUGAGACAGACUGGCCGUGCCUUACACACACACACACACAUACACAUCCACACGACACAUAGGUUAUACACUCCGAAAACAUUUUGUAGGUACACAUUCCUUUUUAUGUGCACUCAUACUCCAGCCAACAUGCUCACACUUUCAAAUCAUGCAACACACACUCUCACACACACGCCUGUUGUCAUUGCGUCAUCUGCUCAGUACGAAAUAGAAGCAUUACCAGCUCAACCGCUGUGACCCUGAAACAACCACAGCCUGGAGAGGACAAACACACACACACACACACACACACACACACACACUUACACCAAAAAUCCCCAGCCAAGGACCCAUCCUUUCUCAUGGUCACUUGCAGUCACAACAAAGAAUCAAGAAAAAGAGAUAAAAGAAUCUAUGUUUAAACAAGAAAAAAGUUGAUAUCUUUCAAUAAAAAAAGCAAAAAAGUGCAAAAAUUUAACGUUUUAGAGCAUUUUAUGCGAAUGCGAGAGCUUUGAUAAACUUUAAAUAUGACCUGUUUCCUUCCCUGCUGUUGGUGCAUAAAAGUUUUUUGCCGGUGGAAUGCACAGUGACCGAUUUUUCUCACUUAAACUCCACGUUGUAUUGAUUAAUGUAUUACUAUUAUUAUUAUUAUGAUUAUAUAUUAUUAUUUUGUGGAAGGUUGACUCGCUGUUACACCGCCCCCUAAUUGGAGGAUGCGAGGCUGAUUCUAGUGCGGAUAUUUUUUUUUUCUUCCCCUUAGUCUUUCUGAAUGAGUCGUCCUGAAAAAUAAAUAAAGCAGACAUUUUGGUAACCUGCUGGGACUCUUAUGUUGCGAGUGUGUGUGUGUGUGUGUGUGUGUGUGUGUGUGUUGAAAGGUGCGGUCUGUAAUUACAGGAACAGUGCCAUUUAAAUGUCAGGAAUCAGUUUUGUGUUCAUUGUCUUUUCAUUGGGGACACCAUACAAGUGUUUUUAAAAUGGAGUGUUAUUUUUCCUUUAGGGCGGUAGUUGGCUGUUGUUAGUUGGUUAACACCAUUGAGGGUUGGCUAGUUUCAGCAUUUACAGAUUGUACUUUUAAUAAACUUUGGAUAAAUCA